AAAGUUUAUUUUAUAUUUUAACGCCCGUCGGAUUUUUUUAAAUUAGUUCACUAAGUUUUAGUUUAACUUUGUAUAGGCUGUACUAAUUUCUAAAUUUUGAUCGCAGUGAUAGUCUUUACUCUUUAAUUAUUGUAGGUAGAACACAAUAUUUUUUUUAAUUUGGACUUUAUUACUAUACAUAUUAAUUUGUUUUUCUAAAUACAUAAUAUUAUAAUUACACAAAAAUACAUCUAUUUGUGGAAAUUGGGGACCUAUAAUGGACUUAGAUGACGGAUUUGAUGAAUUGUUAGCACAAAUUUCAGAACCAACCUCACCCAAAAAGCAAAAACUUGAAACAGAACAGCCAAGUACAUCCAAAGAAAUUGCUACAAAGUCAUCCGCUUCUAAAAGUCACUGUGUUUUAGUCAAUCAAAAACAGCGUGGCAAUCCUCUGUUGAAAUUCAUUGUCAGUGUUCCUUGGGAGUUUGAUGAUAUUGUACCCGAUUAUGAAAUUGGAAAAACAAUAUGUAUCCUCUUUCUCUCAGUACGAUAUCACAACUUGAACCCUGAUUAUAUAAAUAACAGACUCAAGGAAUUAGGAAAGAAAUAUGAUUUGAGAGUUCUUCUUCUUCAGAUAGAUUUGAAAGAUCCUCAUGCCGCCUUGAAGAAUCUUACGAGGAUCUGUCUCCUCACUGACAUGACUCUCAUGCUUGCCUGGAGCCCUGAGGAAGCUGCCAAGAUUAUUGAGAAUUAUAAGAUUUAUGAAAACAAACCACCCGACACGAUUAUGGAGAAAAUUGAGAAUGAUCCUCACCUAAAGAUUGUAAACGCGCUAACAUCGAUUAAGCCAGUUAACAAAACAGAUGCAAUGACGUUAAUAACAAGAUUCGGCACAUUGGAAAAUAUAAUUAAAGCAACAGAGAAUAUACUAGCAGACUGUCCCGGUUUCGGAGCAACUAAAGCUAGGAAACUGUAUAAAGCUUUACAUGAACCAUUCUUAAAGGCAGGAAUACCAGCUAAAGAAGAUCCCUUUGAUGGUGAUAUUAAUUUGGAAGAUGUUGAAGAGGCAGAAAAUAAAGUUAAUAGUUGAUAAGUUAUGUUAGCCAGUACGGAAUCAAAAUGGAAGCUCUACAAUACAGAUUAAAUGAAUAUCAGGAAAUCUGCAGGU